UUACUUCUUCCCUGAAUAUGCCAGGCUGAGAAGAUGGAACUUAGAUCCCUCUAUAAUCCCAUCAAGGCACAAGCAAUGACAGCAAAGUGAAAUUAACAAUUCCAGUCAACUGCAUUCUGCUGCUCCUGCUGGGAAAGUGCAGUGCUGGUAGGAAAAGGGAUGUGUGCAGGGAAGACAAUGCAAACUCGCUCAGCUCUCCUCUGCACCCCAAAUUCUACAGCAUCCAACACCCUUUGUACCUCUCUUACUCCUGUUUAUAAUUCUGCAGCAGGAACAGCAAACAGAUUCUACUCAGUUUCAUUCUGGUGCUUCUGGGUAGCAGCAGUACAGAUGUGAAGCUCUCAUGGGGUAUUCUUGCCCCAGAGUAAUUUAUAAAAUGUAGGCUAAUUAAGGAAAAAUAGGAACAGAAAGUCCUGCAACCCUACUCUUAACACACAGAACCCCACUGUAGACUAAUAUAAGCCUGUGAGGUCUGAUACUCCAGUCGUUUAACCUUCUCAAAAAUUGUAUCACUUUGUAAAAUUUUUAAAAUCAUCAUUUGUGAAUAUUUUAAAGGUUUGAUACCACCAGCACGAUACAUUCUACAAUGUCACACCAAGUAGGGAUUUCACAACCCACAGUAGACUCAGAACAAGUAUUUAGGUAACAUGCAUUUAUUAAUAUUUUGUCCCUUUUAUCCAUCUUUUUUUUAAUCACAUUCUGCACAUACUUCUAAUAAAUCUAGUUAUUUUCUUUCAUUUACAGAUGACCUUCAAUGGCAAUCCACCUCCAGCCAACACAAAAUACCAUAACAAAAUCAAGACCCCACUUAAUACCUUAAUAGACAGAAAAAGUUUUAAAAUAUCUAAUAUGGAGGAAGAAAAAGUGCAAUGAUGGAAGUCCAUUACACAGGAGGAUGCAGCAAUAUUACACAUGGCCUGUAAAAUACACACAUCACUAGAACUGUAUUUGCUACUUUCUGGAAGCCACAGAAAAGUCACACUGGUGUUUACAUUUUUAUAGCUAUCUGCAAAGCGAGCAAGGGAAGAAGUCAAGAGACAGUGGAGGAUAAGCCUGCUUCUCUAGCAGAUAUCAACAUACGUUUAUACAAACCUGCCCAUGCCCAGCAGAGAAAAGUUAGGGACACAAGAAAAAUAGGAUAGAGCAAUGAUGUGGAACUCACAUGUUCACAUAAUCUGCAUAAUUUGUAACAACGAAAGGGCAAACAACACCCAGUUUAAGAGGAAUAGAAGCAAUCUUGAGCCUAAAAUGAAGUGGAAAUAAGAGGUUUGGGCUUUGGGAAAACUAUACUGCAAAAAAACAGCAGGUUCUCAUCCCUGAAUAUUUUUGUUUUAUAGUCCUGUUUGACCAUAACAAAAAUUACAAUAGAGUUCCACUAUUAAUUUCUUUCCACAUAUUUUACCACUGAUCUAAGCCAGGAACCAGGGCACUAUUUUUAAAGCGACUUUGAAAACUAUUGUGAAAUGACUGUUUGGCUAUUUAAUAACAAAACAGCUUUGCCAACUGAAAUAUCUGUGAGUGCUUCCCCAAGAGGUCCCCCUCAGGGGAACAGAGUCAAUAUUUAGCUCAGGAACCCUGUCUGUAUGCACUCUACCAUUCACACAACGUUUAGGCUAGAUAACACAUCAUGGGAUUUACUGUUAAUUGAUGUUUAGUUGGGGUGGCGGGGAGGAAUGAUUUCAUGAGUCAGCCUUGUCUUGGAGGAGAUGACAAGGUUAAGCUUUAGUUUUUAAAUACAAAUAGGGUAUCUGGUGCUCCUAUGCCUUGACUCCUAUUUAGCUCUGUUACUAAUAAAAUCAACAAGAGCAGCAGGCAUAUCAAUAGGUUUAUACAGGCCUUGUUGUCCAAGAACAGGCCUACACGGAGAUUGCUGCACAGUCUACAUCCAUGUUAGUCUGCAGUGCAAAGUUAGCACUUCCUUAAACUGAGCCCUCCACUGGCUGAUGCAUUUCUUUAGUCAGAGCUAAAAGAAUCCCAAGCCCCCUUGAUAACGGCCAGAGGCUGGUUCCACACUGGGGUGCGUCCCGAGUUCUCGGUGGAGUUCAUGUUUCUCUCCCUCCUGCAGCUGCUGGAGAAUUUCCCCCCCUACUUCUCCUCUCUUAUUGUGCAACAGACACGGGCUUGUCCUAGACUCCUAGGCCUUGUUUACAAAUAUCUCACUGCUAGCCCCACACCAAAAAGGGAGAAGGAGCCUGGGGCCCAGUGCAACUAGGCUUCAGAUCCAGCACAAUCUCCUUCCCUCCCCUCCAUCCUUCCUUCCGAAUAAAAAACCAAACAUUACAAAUACAUACAGAGGGGGGAAAGGGCCCUUUUAGUGCUAGAGGUUCUCCUCCCCGCUUUGUACAACGAUCUCUGGUACACCUAUUUCUCUCUGCUCCCCACCAAAGCCUCCGGUCCUGUGUAGCACUAGCCGAUACCCCUUUGCUUUGAGAUCCCGGGGAAGACGACAGAAAAGAGGUAACCCUAUAGACGAGGUCCCCACCGCACAAGGAGUAAUAAACCUGAGGGCUUCAGAGAAAGUGGGGGUCGCGCCUAGUCCGCUUAUCACCAUCUGCACUUUCCCGCACGGUCUCCCCCUCAAUUGCACCCCGUGUAGCAUUACUCGCAUGUACUUCUCUGCUAAUCCCCCUCCCCCAUUUAAUUGCAUGCGCUUUCCACGCUCCCCCUCCCCCAUUAAAACUGUCAGCUGUGUAACGCUAAUUGCACGUACUUUGCUACAUCUCUGUUCUCUCCCUCCCGUUAAUUGCAUGCACAUUUCCCCGCAGCCGGCUGCGCGGACCCCCGAGCGGUUGCCUGCAGCCCGGAGCCUGUUUCCUCUCUGGAAGUGCUUCCCUGGUGGGACUGGGUGCGGUGCCUGCAUGGAGAAAAAGAUGGGGGAAGCUGUAGCCAGAGUUGCCAGAAAGGUGAAUGAAACAGUGGAGAAUGGAGCAGACUCGCUAGAUUUGGCUGACUGCAAGUUGAUGAUGUUCCCUAUUGGCAUUUACAAAGUCAUGAGGAAUGUCGCCGAAGGGAUACAUCUCAUAACUCUGGCCAAUAAUGAACUCAAGUCUGUAACCAGCAAAUUCGUCACCACCUUCAGCCAGAUGAGAGAACUCAACCUGGAAGGGAAUUAUCUGCAUCGCCUGCCUGAAGAGAUGAGAACCCUGUUACAUCUGAAGGUGAUCAACCUGUCCAGGAACAAGUUUCGACACUUUCCUGAGCAGUUGACUACCUUGAAGGCUCUUGAAACCAUCAACCUUGAAGAGAAUGAGAUUACAGAUGUCCCUGUUGAGAAACUUUCUUCAAUGGAGUCACUGCAGAGUGUAAAUCUGAAGUCAAAUCCCCUGAACGAGGAGGUCCGGGUGAUUGCCAGGCCGCUGAUAAAAUUUGACCUCCUGGUGUCUCCAAAGGGAGCACAUGCUGCUCCUCCGCAAGCCUGAAACACUGACUUUGGUUGCAUGGACUUGGUGUGACUUCAUUUGAGAAUGGUUUUAAAGGGAAAGCUAGGGGAUCCGGUUGCAGGGCAUGCUGAUCUAGAAUGGCUCCACCAGCUUUUGUAUCACUCCUGCGUGUGUGAGGUUUUGUAGAUGUGAGGAGUGGGAUGGGGAGGAUUGUGUGGGGGUGGGAGGGGUGUUUCAGAAUCAGUAUUUCAUUGCUAGAGAGUGAAUCUGCUUAUUGUUAUUUCUUUUCAGCUGUCUAAAAUACACAGAACACAAAAAUGCACUGAGGCCCUAGUAAAUUGCUAUUUGAUAAAGGAAUAAAUCUGUGAAAAGAUUAAACUUCCAGGGCAACAGAAGGGAAAGUGCAAUGCAGAAAUAGAUCAGGUAAGACACUCAAUCUCCUGAGUGUAUUUUCUAUGCACCAAACAAAACGAGAAAUAGUCUCACAGCAGAGCCUUCUGCAAUGAGUCUGACAAGGAAGAGACCUAUUAAAAGAAUAACACUUUGCUUCAGCAGAGAUCAAUGUAAUAGCCUACUCCAUUCCUGUAUCACUCAAAGCCCUGUUAUUCAGGGCGAAGUAUGGUAUGGAGCAGAAGAGUGGUGGAGAGAGGCUCUGUCCCAUGAAUAAUGGGAAAGCACUUGUUUACAGAGCCUUGCUGGUCCAGGAUUGAAUGAAAAUACUCUGUGGAUGGACUUUUCUUUUCAACUAGUUAGAGCUUGGUGGCUUUCCCCUAGGAUCUAAGCCAGCUGUUAUAUGGAGCAUAUUAACUGGGCACCUCUAUGAGCAUCAAAACAAGACACUAAAACUUGUCUUACAGUACAGAGGUCCUCUUGGAAAAAAUAUCCUAUCUACAGACAACUCCUUUUCUUCUUCUCGUUCUACAUUCAGCAUUUGAUUGAAAAGGCAUAACGAUCACCCCCUCUUCCAUCCCCCCCGCUUUUUUUUUUGACAGAUUUGUUGAUUUUGUCCAAGAUAAAUAAUUUCUGUUCAGCCUCCUAGGGCUUGUCUUCACUGCAAAGUUAACUCAACUUAUAAUUUGAAUGUUGCCGUUAGCUUAAAGUCCCAUCCACACGCACAAACUCUUUACUGAAGUGUGGUGGUACUUUUAAGUCAAGUUGGCUGCCCUGAGAGGGAAGGUAUAGGGCAAAACUCAAGUGAGCACAAUUCAUCAGUUGCUAACAUAGGCUAGCUCCACUCGAGUGCCAGCAGUUCUCCAAUGGCUUCCCACAAUUCCUUCCCUGUGCCCAGAAAGGACAGAAAAGUUAUCUCACAAUUUAGUGGAAAAUAAUUCACAGAAUGGCUUAUUUUACUACAUCACUUAGAACCAUGGAUUGUGUGUGUCCCCAGCCAUCUUAGUGCCACACGCUAGUGAGUGCAGCUCCAGAGUGCCUACAACAGCUCAAGCGUUAUAUCGCAGUGAGCUAGGCUUGCUUGAGAGGAGUAACUCAAGUGUAGGUAAUUUGAUAUACUCCUAAUGUAAUCCUGUUGGCUGGCAGUGCAUCGACAUUAACAAGAGCAGGGGUGAAGGAAUGUUCAAACAUGUUUGAAAACCUGUGGUUUCUGCAUGUCACUCCAGGAUAUGUUAGUUCUGGUUUUAGUGAUCUCUCUGAGUGUGUCCUGUCAUGAGCUGCUCACUGCUUCUCCCUUGUUCACAUGGUAGAUAUAUUUUGCUUGAAUAGAUUUUAACCUAGUUUCCUGUUGAUGGGGAUCAAGAGAGAAUCGGGUGAAUGGAGGAACCAGAAAAUGUAACUUGCUGGUGAGAAAUGAUCUCUGGUGGUUGGCAGCUUCCCCCUGCACUCCGCAGCCCUUCCUGCACCCCAACCCCCUGCCCUGAGCCCCCUGCUGAACUCCUCCACCCUAACCCCCUGCCCUGAGCCCCAAAUCCCCUGCCCUGAGCCCCCUGCCGCACCCUGCACUCCUUCUGCACCCCAACCCCCUGCCCGGAGCCCCCAACUCCCUCCCUUGAGCCCCCACCGCACUCUGCACUUCUCCUGCACCCUAACCCCCUUCCUGAGCCCCCGCCACACCCUCACCCUCAUGCACCCCAGCUCCCUGCCCUGAGCCCCCAACCCCCUGCUCUGAGCCCCCUCCCACACUCCGCACCCCCUCCUGCAUCCCAACCCCUCCCCUGAGCCCCUGAUACACCCUGCACCCUUCCCGCACCAAACUCCCUGCCCCAGCCCUAUGGUCAUGGCCCUGCCUGCAAUUUCCCCACCCAGAUGUGGCCCUCUGGCCAAAAAGUUUGCCCACCCCUGCACUAGACCCACUAGACUCGUUUUCUAGCUUUUUCCAAGGUCAACUAUGCUUACAGGCUGCUGCUUGGCCUCUCAGUCUGCUGGCUCUGUUUCCAGCUUGUCUUUUUUACUUACACAAACACACACACAUACACCCAGUCAAACACUCCAUCCACAGGGUGCUAGUUUCUGGGCAGACGCUGUUGGGCCUUGUUUUUGGUGUGGCCCCUUACGUGUUUCUUACCACGCACAGUUUGUGCAGGGUGAGUUGACAUAUGAGUUUGAACAAGGUUUUAACUCAGCCCCUAACAAGAUUUCACCCAGCUCAUACCUUAUAAAUGGGGAAACACUCAUUUCAUUGGGGGUACAUUUACGUCCUUACUGCUCACUUCAUCUCUAAAAGGUUGGCUGCUUUCAAAUAUUGGUAUUCGGGGCAAGUUGAGUACAAGGGUUUGUUAUUCUAGACCCACCUUAUUCACAAUGAAACUUUACUUUGAAAUAAAAUCGGUGGUUGGUUUAGUAACAUCGGCCGAUCAGUAGAAGCAGUGAUAUUGAUUCCUAAAGCUCUCCUGCCAAAAAGUAAUUUUCAUUUAAUCAGCAUGUGAAAUGUCAAGUGUCAGAAUAAAUAUACCCUUGGGCUACAUCUCUUGUAUGCUCACCUCCUAGAGAGCAGUUUUGUUCUUCCCAUCUGGCCUUCCUUGGUUAUAAAACUGAUUCCUUUAACCAGCUGCUACAUCCUGAGAACCGGACGUUCUUUUUUGCUCUGGCUUUGAAAUCCAUAUUACCUGUGCUUUCUUUUUGAAAACCAUGAUCUUGAGUCCAAGUUCCUGACUUAAGAAGUGGUGUGUGCACGUUUGAAUAUAAUGCUGUAUGUUAAUUCAGGAUUUUUUCAUGAUGGCACACUGAUGUCAGAGAAACACAGCCGGCUCUAGGAUUUUUGCCGCCACAAGCAAAAAAAAAUUUUUUGGCCACCCCCGCUUUUUUUUGUGCCCCUCCCCCCGCCUCAACUCCGCCCCUUCCCCAAAUCCCCAGCCCCGCCUCCUCCCCCGGGCAUGCCACAUUCCCCCCCCCAUUGCUUCCUGCAGCUCCCCCCCACAACCCUCCACCCUAGCUCACCUCCACUCCGCUUCUCCGCCCCCUCAGGCAAGGGAGAGGCAGCGUGUUCAGGGGAGCAGGCGGAGCGGAGGGGAGCGAGGGGGAGGGAGCGCAGGAAGUAACGGGGGGGGUAGAGGAACCGCUCCCUGCCCCAGCUCACCUCCACUCCGCCCCUGCCGCCUCCCCCAAGCGCUCCGCCACUCGGCUUCUCCUCCCUUCCUCCCUCCCUCCCUCCCAGGCUUGCCGCACCAAACAGCUGUUUGGCGUGCAGCAAGCCUGGGCAGGCGGGGGGAGAAGCGGAGCAGCGGCAGCGCGCUCAGGGGAGCAGGCGGGAGCGGAGGGGAGCUGGGGCAGCGUGGCCAGUGCCAGAAUGCCGCCCCUAGAAAUGUGGUGCUCCAGGCACCUGUUUGUUUUGCUGGUGCCUAGAGCCGGCCCUGCAGAGAAAUUAACAUCGUAUUACUUCAGUUACAGAGAUGAUUGGAAUAUUGUCGCAUGUUAUUUCAGAUUCCAUGACAUGGUACAUCCAUAAAAAAAGAGCAUAGAGGAAUAUGACAGGUUCACAAGAUAUUUGCAGGGUCUGAUCAUUUAAAACUCAUUGCAUAUCACAGGCCAUUUACCUAAUUAGUAAUAAAAAAACAGACUACUCAUGUGUUUGAGGUUUAAACAUACAACAGAAUAUGCACCAGGGAGUUCCCUAUUGGUGGCUGAUACCUUAUCUAGGAACCCUGUUGAUCAUCUAGAUUCUUCAAAGGCUCUCAAAGACACAGAAACACACAUGGGUGCCAUAUUGAGUGGCCUGCCAACCUCACUACAGAAAUCAGAAUUGAUUCAAAUAGUUGCUAGUGAUGAUACACAACUGCAAAUGGUAUCAGAUGUUACUUAGCAGAAGUCCCAGAUCCAGCCCUUGCCUUCUGUCCAUAGUGAGGAGAACUCUAUGAAGAUCUGAGGCUCUAUGCUGAUUGUACAGAAGCCCACAAUCCUUGCAGGAUCACAUGAAGGAAGAGAUCCAGGAGGGACACCAAUGCUUCAGAAAGCACUGGUGUGUGAGUGGCCACCCACUUAGGGGUGCACCUAAAACUCAAAGUAGAAUCAUGCAAAUCUUGCACCAGAAAAACUCAACUCAAAGAAUCUUUUCCACCAGGAAGAAAAGGGCCCAUGGGUACCUGGUAGCCUUUAGCUAUUUCUCUAGGUUUAUAGAAAUUCUACUUUUCACUAGACACACAAGCCAACAAAUCACAGAAUAGUUAAAAUGCACUUUUUAUUAUUUUGGCACUUGGAAGAAAGCCACUGGCCAUGGACCACAGUUUGCUAGUUCUAAAUUCCAAGCUUUUGGGCUACGGUGUGAUGUUAAGCAUAUUAAUUCUUCCAACAAGGGAAUGAACUUGCUGAAGGAACAAAACAGAUUGUUGAGAGAAUUCUACACCAAAAAGAUCCCAUAUUAGAUUUCUGUGCUGUAGGCCAACUCCCACCACAUUAACACAACAAUGACCAGCGUAAGCCCAGCUCAUCUUCUUAUGGAUUGAUAGAUUAGAUCAAUGCUCCCAGUCUAUAUGGCAUAUCUUUAGCUUAAUGGCUCUUCUUAAAGAUGUGAAGCUGAGAGAUACCAAAUCUGUGAGAUCUCAUGCUUUCUUUGUUAGUUGUUGGACUGCAGCCCAAAACUUAAACCAGGAGACUUAGUCCUGAUAAAACUGAAUGAGUAAAAAUAUUGGCCAACAGCUGUUGUCACUGGACACAGCUGUGCCCCAAGAUCCUACAUGGAUAAGACAGAUCAAGGCACUUAGUGUGGAAGAAACAGGUAGAAUAUUCAGCAGGUAGCAAACCCAGUUUGGGUCCGUUAUGGGCUUGAUGCUGAAAUCACUGGGUGGAAUUCUAUGGCCUGUGUUAUUCAGGACAUCAGACCAGAUGAUCAUAAUGGUCCCUUCUAGCCUUCAAGUCUCUGAAUUAGUUGAACUGCUGUGUGACUCCACUAACAAUGGUAUUCACACCACCAGCUGUGUGAAGGCUGAGCAAAAUCCUUCAUAAUCUAAGAAAAUAAACUGGACAAAACCCUCCUCAAGGCCAGAGGAUGAUCGGAUUUGGAUGAGCUGUGAAGCAACUGACUCAAACUGAUCUACAAUUUUAUUUUUAAAGAUUUUCCAGAAAAAAGAGGGACAAGAUAUGAAGAUGUCUGCAUGGUUUGUUUAAAAUUCUAGCAGGAACCAGGCAGAAUAAGGCUAGGUGAGGGCUCUAGACAGGAGCUCUACAGUGACAGAAGCAGAUUAGAUUUAGGGAUGACAUCAUUUUCCUUCCUCAAAUAGUUUCUUAUUCAGUAUGAAAAGAAAGUGACUUUUGGUGAUUCUUUACUGUUACCACAUGACAGAAUCAUCAGUGCCAUCAAAACUUAGGUAAUUAAAUGUGAAAAGCAUCUUGGGUAUUUUUGCUUUCUCUUUUUUUAACCUUUCAAAGAAAGUAAGUCUCAGAACUGAAAGAUGCCUAGUUUAAUGGGGGCAGGACAUGGGAGCCCUUCAAGAAAAUUGUGGAUCCACCCUCAAUCUAGAGGCUUGGCAGCUUUUGUGAACAGGUACACAUUUACAAAGCACCAGAAAUUAAAGUAAAAGAUUGCUGCUGACCUGCUGGGCCCUUGGGGCAACAAAAGUCACCAUUGGCCUAUCCUAUUCUUUUGUCUACUGUGCAUUCAAUAGCUGAUAAGUCUUGAACGCUGCCUCAGCUGCCUGAUAUACACUGGAAAGUAGAACAAGGAAAGAAUUUCCCAAUCCCAAGGAGCACUUUCAUUUUUAUCUAAACUGAUAAAUGAUGUAUUUUCUCUGUGGAUAAACAAACAUAUCUGCAUGGAGGCAUCAUGGGGAAUGGUUUUACAAAAGGGCCGGGCAAGACAGCUCUGUUUGAGUGAAAUUGUGAGCUUUAAUCCUAAUUGGAUAAAGGCCUUAUUUGUUUUCUGUAUAUGCAUGCUUUACAGUGACUUUCCCUUUAUCUUUGCUUUUUGAGGCUGAAUUGUUUGUUUGCUCUGUGGAUCAGAGCUAAAGAACACUUUGGCCAUUUCAGAGGUGAUGAAGGAUGCACUAAGUCACCCAACUACAAGGGAAAAUACCAUUUCCAACUGAAGCACCUCUAGUGCACUCCCCAAAAGGGUCCCAAUGAGAGAGGCUGCUCCUUUGUUUGGUCCAGGAGCCCUAACUGUGGAAUUCUUUACUACUUCAGACUCUAAUGUCCCAUUAAAAGUAACUUCUGUUGGCUGAAUUUCUUUCUUUUGGACAGCCCUAGUGGUAGCACAUUGGAUUUGAUUUCUCAUCUCUGCCUAACCUGGUGGAUGGCAGCAGCUGUGCAAUAUUGUAUGAGCAGCACUUUCUUGUCCUUGGGAUGGCAACUCAUGUCAUUCAACAGCAAUUCCUUCAGUCAGUCGACUUGGACUGAGAUGAGUUGCUUCAAAAGAGGUCUGCUCUUCCUUGGCUGAAAGGACAGUAACCACAACGUAGAGUCGCAAAGGAAAGGAGUCUGAAGAAGGGGAAAGUAAAGGAGAACCUUGUAGUGAAAGGAUGUAAUGUGGGUUCAGUAAUUGGUUACAAUUGGUAUUUCCCAUCUGUCUUGUGUGAUGUUCUGAGAAUCUCUGUGACCCGGGGUGCCCAGGGUAGCCCUCACUGCCAAGGUCAGGACAGGCUGCAAAAGGGGGAGCAGAUAUUCCCAAGACUAGUGGGUAACACUGAAGUUAAACUCCCCAACCAGUCACAGACUGUGCUUCUGAUCCCCCACACUGGUUAUUAAGAAGCAAAAAGAGAAAUCACACAGCCCCCUUUAUUGCAUUCCAGUUCUCUGGCUCCCAGUCAGCCCAUAGGUCCAGUACAGGGAGAAGUUAUUUAAAAAACUCUGCUCACAUAUGUAAAGUGUUCUGACCCCAAAGGGUCAGCCACGUUACCAGAUCUGUAUAGAUUUGGAUCUUACCCAAAAUACCAUGCUCCCAGCCAAUCCCUUAGUGUCUAAAACUAAAGGUUUAUUAUAAAGGGAAAAAAAAGAACAAGAAGAGAGACGUUAAAUGGUAAAAGAGUCACAUACAUACAAAGACUUCAAAAUCCAUCAGGUUCCUAGCAGUAUUGGUGAGCUUGCUGGAUUGAAAAUCCCUCUGGAACACAUCCACAGUUUGGAUGGGUCAUUUAGUCCUUUGUUCAAAACUUCAUUUGUAGAAAGGUUACUCCAGAGGUAAGAAGCAGGAAUGAAGACAAGAAGCAGGACCAAAAAACAAAAUGGAGAAGAUCCAGCUGCCUUUUAAAUGCCUUUUGCCAUGCAGCUUGUAUUUCCUUUUUUCCAAACACAAGCUGCCCAGCACAUGGCCUGGAAACCUUAGAGUUCUGUCCAUAGGCAUGCCCCUGCAUGUCUUGCUGAAUAAUAAGGUAUAGCCCUUUACCCUUUCAAUGGGUUCAUCGUACAGUUGAUUUCCUUGAUGAGCCAUCAAGCAGGCUAAGCAGUGCUGAUGCCAAACUCUAUGGGGGUGUCAGCCAGAAGCAUAGCACAAGUUUGAAACACAGACAUAUGUACAUAUCUAUAACUCAUCAUACAAAGGUGAUACAAACAUAUAAACAAGAUUAUCACACUUGGCAAAUGAGAACAUUUUUGCAGAUACCUUACAAGGCAUAUCUGGCACAGCUCAUUGCAAAUUUUACAAUAUUGGUGUUCAUAAUAUCCUAAAGCGUCCCCCAAAUUCCAUACAGAGUCACAACCUCCUCCCUGUGUCUACUGAUGGAAACGUGCAGACUGUGCUGUGGUGGGAGGUGCUGUGGUUCCAUCUGAAAGUCAGUACCACAGAAGUGAUGGGCCUGGACACUGGGGCAGCACGGGGGCUGUGUUUUGUGCUUUGUACCAAAGACGUGACGCAGCAGCUAAGCAACUUGUUCUGGCUCCUUGUUUAGUUCUGCUCUGUGAAGACAGUUUGUAGCUAGUUUAUGUGCUGUUACCAAGCUAGUUCUGUAUGGCAAAGCACAACUUUUCACAGGCUGAACAAAGCCAGUAGCUCUUACAGAGAUUUUAUUUGGUGACAAAGAAAUGAUGGGUUGUUUUUUUAAAAUAAAACCUUAGAAUCCAGGUUUCAGAGUAGCAGCCGUGUUAGUCUGUAUUCGCAAAAAGAACAGGAGGACUUGUGGCACCUUAGAGACUAACCAAUUUAUUUGAGCAUGAGCUUUCGUGAGCUACAGCUCACUUCAUCGGAUGCAUAAAGUGGAAACCCCCCCAUCCCACUUUCCUGCUGGUAAUAGCUCAUCUUAAGUGAUCACUCUCCUUACAAUGUAUAUUUUUUCAUGGUCUGUGUGUAUAUAAAAUCUCCUUACUGUACUUUCCACUUUAUGCAUCCGAUGAAAUGAGCUGUAGCUCACGAAAGCUUAUGCUCAAAUAAAUUGGUUAGUCUCUAAGGUGCCACAAGUCCUCCUUUCCUUAGAAUCCAGUUGACAUUCUCCUUCAAGUUUGGGAGAGAGGAAGGACUCUAAAGACAUAGAUCAAAUUUUGCAUCUCAACUACUUGACUGUUAUUUGUGCAUCACAGUUUUAUUUCCUGCUAGAAACUUGUUUAAAAAAAACCAAACAAGCACUAAAUGGUGUAGGUGCUCUUUGAACCGCAGGCAAAAUAUUGAUGAUUCUAAAUCCAUUCCAAGACCAAUAAAUAUUAUUUUAAACUCCAAUAGGAUGUUUGUUUUUUUAACACUCUUGGACAGAGAGGGGAAAAAUUUAAUUUGGCCAUGAGGAAAAUGUUAGUUGACUUUUAGUUUUGUGGUUUUAUCAUUUAAGCCAUUGCUGACACAUUAUAAAGUCCCACAUUAUAAUGGCCCACCUUGAUUACCAUGCACAUUGUAGGGAGAGUGGUCACUUUGGAUGAGCUAUUACCAGCAGGAGAGUGAGUUUGUGUGUAUGGGGGUGGGGGGGGGUGAGAAAACCUGGAUUUGUGCUGGAAAUGGCCCACCUUGAUUAUCAUGCACAUUGUAGGGAGAGUGGUCACUUUGGAUGAGCUAUUACCAGCAGGAGAGUGAGUUUGUGUGUAUGGGGGUGGGGGGGGGUGAGAAAACCUGGAUUUGUGCUGGAAAUGGCCCACCUUGAUUAUCAUGCACAUUGUAGGGAGAGUGGUCACUUUGGAUAAGCUAUUACGAGCAGGAGAGUG